AUGCAAUCCUUGUCUCCGGCACAAACUCGAAUACAGCAACGGAAGGUGUUCAUACCUACUGAACUCCUAACCUAUUCGCACGUACGUAUUCUAAUUGAUGCGGUACCUAAACCGUUACAAAAGCCUUACGAAGGACCUUUUCGAGUUAUUUCGCAUCACGAAAAGUUCUUCAAGUUUGAUCGACAUGGUCGCGUCGAUACGAUUAACAUCGAACGGCUCAAGGCAGCAUAUGUCGACGAUGGCAUAGUGCACGCCAGUUCGAGACCCGAUGUUAUUCCUGCACGGCCGAUGAUUGAGGCACCUACCUCAGAGUCGAGCUUGCAGAUUGCAUUACCUGCUACGAUUUUGAAUGAGGCAACAGUCUGA